UUUUUUUUUUUUUUUUUCAAAUAGAUUGCCCUAGUCAUUGGAGUAUAUGGCCACCAGCAAGAAGUCAAUCAUCAAGUGUUUGUUUAUUUUCUGCUGAACGAGUUUGAAUCCACACGUGGCCUCUAACCCCGACUUUCAGUGCUUCCUAUACCGUCGUCAUGAGCGGGAAUCACCAUUAACUCCAACACAAUUCCCCGCCUUCCUCUUAUGUACGCAUUUCUUUAAAUCUAAUGAAUUAUACGUUGAAUUUAGGGUUUCGCAAUUUCCUUAUUCCCCAAAGCUUUUUUGGUAAUAGGAUCGGAGUAAUUCCGAAGAACUUGAAAAUUGGAGCUCUGAAUUUUGGGAUAUCUAGACGAAUGGGGUGUCAAGAACUCUCUUCAAGUUCAAAGUCGAAAUGUUCCUUAAGCAGCCAGCCAGAGGUUAUUCAUUCAUCUAACUUAGACGGAUUUAUGAACUUCCACUUUCCAUUGAAUGAAACUACAGCUGAAGGUGCCAACAACAAUGGGGAAACCUCUGCUGGAAUGACAGUUCAAGAGCUUAAAACUAAAUUGAGGAGUGUGGGGGUUCCAACAGCAGGUUCUAAAGAUGAUCUUGUAUGCACUUGGAACAAAUUCUUUUCUGAAGAAGUUGAUGAGUUUCAAGAGGUUGUUGAAGAUGAAAAAUCCACCAGAGUGAAUGAUGUUCAUGGUGAAAAGGUUUCCAAAAGGAAGGCAAAAAGUUUGUCUGCUGAAGAACAUGCUGAGGUUAUGAGCACUGUUAAUUCUGUAGAUAAAAGGAGCACGAGACGUGCAAAACAAACCCAUGCAGAUCCAAACAUCACUGUUGAGACUUGUGGACAUAUGCAGUCAAGAGUUGCAAAGACAAAAUCUAAAGCUAAAAGUAAUACCAAGAAAGAGCCUCCUCUGAACACCAAUAAGGUGUCAGGUAAAAAAGCAACCUGCUUAACAUCAGAAGUUGUUUCUGAAACAUGCAAUAAGAUGGAUGUUUCUGAACUUCCAGUUGAACCAUGGACUGUUCUUGCUCACAAGAAGCCACAAAAAGAUUGGAUACCUUACAACCCUAGAACUAUGAGACCUCCUCCUCUUGCUGAUGAUGCAAAACAUGUGAAGCUAAUGUCUUGGAAUGUCAAUGGUUUGAGGGCUUUGCUAAAACUGGAGAGCUUUUCUGCUUUAGAGCUUGCACAAAGAGAAGAUUUUGAUGUACUUUGCUUACAAGAAACAAAAUUGCAGGAGAAAGAUGUAGAAGCAAUCAAACAACGUCUUUUGGAAGGAUAUGAGAAUAGCUUUUGGACUUGUAGUGUCUCAAAGCUUGGAUACUCUGGGACUGCAAUUAUCUCUAGGAUACCACCAGUUUCUGUUAGAUAUGGAGUUGGGAUAUCAGAUCAUGAUAAUGAAGGAAGGCUUGUGACAACAGAAUUUGAUUCAUUUUAUCUAAUAAGUGGAUAUGUUCCUAAUUCUGGUGAUGGUCUGAAAAGGCUGUCAUACAGGACAACAGAGUGGGAUCCUACUCUUAGCAAUUAUGUGAAGGAGCUGGAAAAGUCAAAACCUGUCAUCUUAACUGGUGAUCUGAAUUGUGCUCAUCAAGAAAUAGACAUCUACAAUCCUGCAGGAAACAAGCGAAGUGCUGGUUUUACAAUUGAGGAAAGAAUGUCAUUUGAGGAAAAUUUCCUAAAAAAAGGUUUUGUUGAUACCUUCCGGAAACAGCAUCCUAAUGUUGUUGGCUAUACUUACUGGGGUUUCAGGCAUGGUGGGCGAAAAAAUAACAGAGGAUGGAGGCUGGACUACUUCCUUGUAUCAGAGUCGAUUGCAGAUAAAGUCCAUGACUCUUUCAUUCUUCCAGAUGUUACAGGCAGUGAUCACUGUCCAAUUGGCCUUGUUCUUAAGCUGUAAUCCAAACUGUCUGAAGGACUUAAGUCGAGAAAAUAGCACUUAUGUAAGGCUUUUGCUUUAAAAUCUCAACUCCCCUUUUCAUCACCAAGGACAGAUAGAUUGCUAGGAAUAUAAGUGUUUAUACUCUAGACAAUUUAUUUCCUUUUAUUAUAACAUUAUAUUUUAUAUUGUUUUUUUUGUUAA